AUGCUAAAACUAGCAAAACUCCUCCAUCACAGUGGCUUCUACAUAACCUUUGUCCACACAAAAUAUAAUUUUGAUCGUUUGAUCAAGUCUAAUGGCUCAAAUUCCUUAAAGGGUCUUCCAGAUUUUAGAUUUGAGACCAUAUCUGAUGGAUUGCCAGCAGAAAACCAACGAGGGAUAAUGGACUUACCAGAUUUGUGCAUAUCUAUGCCUGUUGUUGGGUUGAUUUCAUUCAGAGCUCUUAUAGCAAAGCUUGUUUCUUCACAAAAUGUGCCUCCUGUUAGUUGCAUAGUUUCUGAUGGUGUAAUGAAUUUUACAUAUAAAGUUGCUCAAGAAUUCAAUAUUCCUGAGUUCAAGUUUUUUACUCCUAGUGGUUGUGGCAUGUUGGGAUAUCUAAACUUUGAUCAGCUUCAGAAAAGAGGAUAUUUUCCACUCAAAGGUAACAUCUCUCUAUUAAGCAAUAUUGCCUCAUAUCUUACUUGA